CUAUUCAUUUCUCUCUCUUUCUUCUUUGUGUUUGUGGAUCAUCAAUCUUCCUGCCUGCUAAAGCAACAGUUUUUGAUAUAUUUGUAUUUGUUAUCUUUCAAAACAAUCCAUGGCCCCACACUACUCACUCUCUCUCAUAUGCCUCUCUAACUAAGUGCCCGUGCUUCAAAAUGGUCACCAAAAACCAGAACCGGCCUCCAUUAUGACUCACAUCCACACCUCCACCUCCUUCAAAGAACUUUGAGGGUGAUGUGCUCCUUCUGGACAACAUAGAGCAAAGAGUUGGAGCUGAGAAAAUGGUGGGCACUCCUAUUAAUGGAAGAACAAGGCAAGCUUUCACAGUUGUCAAUGGCGGUGGCCACGAUCUUGGCCCCAGUAGUGCUCCUCCAAGCAAUGCUGGAUCGGAUUAUGGAGCCAUAGAGUUCACAAGAGAGGACGUGGAAGCAUUGCUAAAUGAGAGAGCCAAGAGAAAAGACAGAUUUAAUUAUAAGGAAAGAUGUGAAAAUAUGGUGGAUUAUAUAAAACGGCUUAAGGUUUGCAUCAGAUGGUUCCAAGACCUUGAGAUGUACUACUCGCUAGAGCAGGAAAAGUUAAAGAAUUCACUGGAAUUGACCCAGCAAAAAUGCACAGAAAUUGAGUUGCUGCUUAAAAUCAAGGAAGAAGAAUUAAAUUCAAUUAUUACGGAAAUGAGAAGGAAUUGCACUUCUUUGCAAGAAAAACUGAUAAAGGAAGAAACAGAAAAGACGGCUGCAGUGGAAUCUCUUACUAAAGAGAGAGAGGCUAGGCUUGACAUUGAGAGGUCACAUAGUACUCUGUCAGAGGACCUUGGAAGAGCCCAACGAGAAAUCCAAAGUGCAAAUCAGAAGAUAGCAUCACUAAAUGAAAUGUAUAAGCGGUUACAGGAUUACAUAACAAGCUUACAACAGUACAAUGGAAAACUUCAUUCUGAGCUUUCAUCAGUUGAAGAUGAACUUAAACGCGUAGAGAAAGAGAAGGCUAAUGUAGUGGAGAACAUCACCAUGUUAAGGGGUCAACUUACUGUUUCAGUUUCUUCUCAAGAAGAGGCCAUAAAACAGAAGGAUGUCUUGGCUACCGAAGUUUCGUCUCUUAGAGGAGAGUUGCAGCAAGUAAGAGAUGAGAGAGAUAGGCAAUUAUCUCAAGUACAAACUCUAAGUUCUGAAUUAGAGAAAAUUAAAGAAUCUACUAAACAGUCUUCCACUGAAGUGGACAGCUUGACAUUAAAAGCGAAUGACCUGGAGGUAAAAUGUUCUUUGAAAGAUAAUCAGAUAAAGGCACUGGAAGAGCAGCUAGCAACUGCAGAGAAGAAACUGGAGGUGUCUGAUAUAUCUGCAUUCGAGACAAGGACAGAGUUUGAAGGACAACAGAAGUUUGUAAAUGAUUUACAAAGACGGUUGGCGGAUGCAGAAUAUAAACUUAUAGAAGGGGAGAGGCUUCGGAAAAAAUUGCAUAAUACCAUUUUGGAGUUAAAAGGUAACAUUCGUGUAUUCUGUCGAGUGAGGCCUUUAUUACCUGAUGAAAGUUGUAGCACAGAAGGCAAGAUUUUCAGUUAUCCAACAUCAAUGGAAACUUCUGGACGAGCCAUUGACCUGGCCCAAAAUGGCCAAAAGCAUGCUUUUACAUUUGAUAAAGUUUUUACACCAGAGGCAUCACAAGAAGAAGUUUUUGUAGAAAUUUCACAGCUUGUACAAAGUGCUCUCGAUGGUUAUAAGGUUUGCAUAUUUGCCUAUGGUCAGACAGGUUCAGGGAAAACCUAUACAAUGAUGGGAAGGCCUGGACAUCCUGAGGAAAAGGGCUUGAUACCUCGUUCAUUAGAACAAAUAUUUCAAACAAAGCAGUCUCAACAACCUCAAGGCUGGAAAUAUGAAAUGCAGGUGUCAAUGUUGGAAAUAUACAAUGAAACGAUUCGAGAUCUGAUAUCUACAACAACUCGUGUGGAAAAUGGUACUCCUGGAAAACAAUAUACAAUCAAACAUGAUGCAAAUGGAAAUACACAAGUUUCUGACCUUACGGUAGUGGAUGUUCAAAGUGCUAAAGAGGUUGCAUUUCUUUUAAAUCAAGCAGCAAAUAGCAGAUCUGUAGGAAAAACCCAGAUGAAUGAACAAUCAUCAAGAAGUCAUUUUGUAUUCACUCUUCGAAUAUACGGUGUAAAUGAGAGCACUGACCAACAAGUACAAGGUGUUCUGAAUCUCAUUGAUCUUGCUGGUAGCGAGCGUCUUUCAAAGAGUGGAUCAACUGGGGACAGGUUGAAAGAAACUCAGGCAAUCAAC